CGAAUGAUGAAGCUCCCACAACAAUGGAGAAUGAGCGUGUACUGAAGGUGAGGAUUGAGUGCAGAAGCUUCUGGGAAUCAGGGAAAAAUCGUUCGAACCCAAUGAUUGGCAAUGAUUGCAGCUUAUAUAGCACAAUCCCAAGGGUAAAUUGGAGAAUUAGGUAUGAAUCAUCCAGCUGGCACCUGAGUGAACGAGAAGGUUUUCUUGGUUUUGAUCUCUUGGCUUUUCACGUGCCGUCUUGUUUUUUCAAUUUUCUUUUGGCUUGGUGCUGCUGCGUGCCGCUCAUGUUUCAGCUUUUGGUAGUUGAGUUUGGACUGCAGUCGUACAGUUGCCGUUGGAUUGUGAAGUUUGUUGCAUUUCGGUAUUUCGCAGCUUGCACCUUGAACGUGUUGAUGUUGCUUUAGUAUGAGCUGUGUUUUGGACAGAGUUUGGCAAAUGUUCUGCAGGCUCGUCAUGUAUGAUGUAGCAGUAUUAAUGUGGACUUGUGCAAUGGUUUUGUUGUACUGUGAGUUAUCCAAUACUCUGACUUAAUUUUCCUUGCAGUUACAACUUCAAUAUGCUAAACCAGGUCAGUCCAGAAUUCACUCUUGAGCUGAUUAUACCUUGCCCUGUUUUCUGUGUAAUGGUGGAAACCCUGUUAACUGAACUUGAUGAUGGAUACAAUAAGUAAUCUACUGCAAGACUGCCCUUUCUGGCUUGAUCAUUGAUGUUGGAUUGCAGGAUGUUAUUGGCUCGGUUUUUUGCAUUAACUGCCUGACAUGCUAUGAUGAGAGCCCUUUGUGGCAUGUGAAUGUUGUUGUUUGAUGUUGUGUUUGUCUGUUGUAAAUGCAGGUUGGCAUUCCAUGAUAGAAACACA